AUGAACAACGACAAGAACACCAACAGCGGCCUCACCGGCGCGGGCAAGACCGUCACAUCUACCCUUGGCAACACUGUCGGCGGGCUGGCCAACACCGUGGGCGGCGUGUUGGGCGCUGCUUCGCGCGGUGUCGGUGAGACAGUCAACGGCGCGACCGGCGGUUUGGGCAAGCCGCUCGGCGACGGCGUAGCCAACAUUGGCACGGGCAUCGAGGGUGGCGUGGCCUCCGUCGCGCAGGGAGUCAAAGAUGCCGGAGAAUGGAAGACAAACCCGAAGAAGUAA